GCUCUCUGCUCCACUCACGCAUGCGAUUUUCACUUUAGCCGUUCGCUGAAUGACGCAUGCGCACACAGUCGCCGCUUCGUGUGUAUGUGUGUGUAACUCUGAAUCUCUUUGUGCGUCGCGGCGCCUCUGGCGGCCGGAAGUGGAAUCGCUCCCGGUAGCAGAGUGGAUGAAGCAUAGGGAAGCCGACCUGGCCAGAGAAAAAUGCUUCCCUUAUCUAUUAAAGAUGACGAGUACAAGCCGCCCAAAUUCAGUCUCGGCGCGAAGCUAUCCGGCUGGAUCCGCUCCAUUCUUUCCGACAAGACAUCCCGAAACCUGUUCUUUUUCCUGUGUUUAAAUCUGUCCUUUGCCUUCGUGGAGCUCCUCUACGGAAUAUGGAGUAACAGCUUGGGCCUCAUCUCCGACUCCUUUCACAUGUUCUUUGACUGCACGGCACUGCUGGCUGGAUUAGCAGCGUCUGUCAUUUCCCGGUGGCGGUACAACGACUCGUACUCAUACGGGUACGUGCGGGCCGAGGUGCUGGCUGGCUUUGUGAACGGCCUCUUUCUGGUGUUUACAGCCUUCUUCAUUUUCUCUGAAGGUGUCGAGAGAGCGCUGGAGCCACCAGAUGUCCACCAUGAACGGUUAUUGCCAGUGUCGAUUGCAGGGUUGAUAGUCAACCUGAUUGGAAUAUUUGUUUUUCAGCAUGGUGGUCACGGCCAUUCACAUGGAGACAAAGAACACGGCCACAGCCACUCGCUGUUUAACGGGGGCUUAAGUCACGGCCAUAGUCAUGGAGGACAUGGGCACAGCCAUGGGCACAAGCACGAAGAGAAGCACGGACACAGCCAUGAACAUCACGGGCACGGCCAUGGGCACAGCCACGGUCACUCUCAUGAGGAGCACUGUGAAGAUAAUCACCUUGGCACACAUGAACACGGCUCCAGCAAGCAGAUCUUACAAGGUGUGGUCCCAUUUUCUUCUUCAUUUUUACAUGUUGAGUGUACUCUCGGGCUACCUUUGUGGUGUUUCAGUCACACUCAACCCUGUAGUGGCUUUUCCAAAGGGUAAAGGACAAGGCGGUUUCCACAAUCGUUAUUUUAGGUAAGUUACCGAGGGUCAUUAUACAGACGUGGACAGGUUUCUUGGUCCCCUUGCAGCUUUUGAAAAAGUGCUGUAUACCCCCUGAAAAGUGAUGGAAUGAUGGAAUGUCCCCCCAUGUACAGUACCUGCAUGCCUUUGAUAUGUCAUGGAGUAAAGCAAGGCAAGUGUGACGAGAGAUCAAGUGUGGCUUAUUCUACAAGGAUAUUCUAAAAUGGCCUGCGCACAUUUGUUAGGACCCCUAAAAAAGACCCUAAAUAACUGGAUUCGAGUGAGUUUUCAAACUGGUUGUUUUCUUGAAUUUGCAUCACACACACGUCUCCAAUCGUGCAGUCAGCCGAUUUAAAUGGAGAAAAGUUGUCACUCUGCUGUUUGGUGUCACCGUGUGUCCCACACCGAAUGUGGAUCAGAGAAAGCAAAGGAGAGAGUCAUCUGAUCGUAAAGAGCAUGUGAAGGGCAAAGGCUUAAAGACCACCAUCUCCAAGCAGUGUGAUGUUCCUGUGACAACAGCUACAAAUAUAAUAAAGAAGUUGAAGGUCAAAGGGACUCUAGCCAACCUCCCUGGACGCUGCUGCAAGGGGAGAAUCGACCCCAGAAUGGGCAGAGGGGCAGUGACAAUGCCAGACAAAAAGCCAAAGGACAACUUCCAGAGAGAUACGAGCCGAACUCCAAGGUCAGGGUCAGUCAGUGUCUGAUCACACCAUCUGUCAGACCCUGGAGGACUUCAUGUAAAAUAAAAACCAGACUGGCAUGUGCUAAAUGCACUCUGACAAACCCCAAUGACUUCUGGGAGAACAUCCUUUGGACAGAUGAGACGCAACUGGAGCCUUCUGGCAAGUCACAUCAGCUCCAUGUCCACAGAUGGAAAGAUGAAGCUUUCAAAGAUAAGAACACCAGGGCUACUGUGAACCAUGAAGGUGGCUCAGUGAUGUUUUGGGGCUGCUUUGCUGUGUCUCAGAGUGUGUGUGGAGAACAAUGAAAUCUCCAGACCAUCGAGACAUUCUGGAAUUUUUAAGUGGGUUUUCUGAAACCAUCAAACAGCCAAAGCUCUCUGUACACCUGCUUAGGUUAUUAAUGAAGUGGUGACUAAAGUUCAUUGUUGGUACACGAGAGGCUUGCAGUGGGUCACCUAAGCCUUUGACGUAUGUUACUCCAUUUCCAGGUGAGUCUGUUUUACCAAGUGGGACCCCCCUAUUGCACUCGUUUCAACAAAAGGGCAGUUUGCAUCUGUUGCAGGUGGGUUGUCAUUGAACGUAAAGAGCCAAAAUGGGGUUGCGGGAUCAUAAAGGUUGAGAUGGAGAAAGGGAAGGCGGUGUGGGCCGAACGCAUGUGAAUAAGCCACCUGAGAAAAACAAGCAUUUAAAGGGACCCCCUUGAGUUUGAAAAACAAUAGUAAUUACAGGGAGAUUCACUCGAAAGACACCCCAGAUGUUCUGUAAUAACUCUCGCUAGGAUGAAGCAAUCUUAACGUGCAAUGUGCUCCUCAGUAUAUGGAGCUGAGACCAUACCGGGAUGCCCCGGCGUCAGAGCGAUGAGGUGGGCGCCGGACAGCCGUCGUGAUGUUUACCCUCCAUGUGCAACUUCUGGGUUCAUACCGCCCACCCGUACCCCUUCACUCACUCAACUUCUCAUCAGGAUGGUGGUGUACAGUAUUGAGCAGCGUGUCUUCACGGUUGGGUCACCAAUUCGUUUAAGCGAUGUCAGAAUCAACUGGAUGUUCGAGAGUUAAUGGAAGGUGACUUCCAGCAAGAUGGAGCAACGUGUCACAGAUCGGCAAGGAGCCUGGCAGAAAUGGAGUCCUCCUUCUGCAACAGGGUCAUUUCAAAGUGGCUUUGGCCACCAGGGUCGCCGGAUCUGACACCACCAGACUUCUUCCUUUGGGGUAUCGGAACAAGCCUCACACUCUGGAAGAUUUGAAGG